AUGGUAAAGGGAUCUUCACGAUUUGAAUUACAAGAAGAAGAUACACUCCCGGAGAAGGAAAGAAUUAUUCAAAACGAGUUAUCACCAGGUGAAUAUAGUAUAAUAAUAGAAUCAGCAGGAAAUUCAAAAUUUCAAUUUAUAUUUAAAGUAACAUCUUCUCAAGGACAAGAAAUAUUCCUAGCUGAUGGAAUUCUAUAUGGGAGAGGUCAAAAAGGAGAAUUUAAUAAUACAUUUUCAAUAUCGGAGGAGAAUGGUAAUUCAAAUGUAGAAUUAAGACUUAUUAAUCGUGCUAGGUUUUGGCAAAAGCCAGCCUACAAAUUUCAACUUGUAAAAUGUGGUGAUGAUCAAAUUCAUUCAGCACAAGAAAAUCUUGUUAGGAGUUUUGAUACUUCUAUUUCUACAAUGAAGAGAACUUCAUCAUCAGGAUCAUCAAAAAAGAGUAAUACAUCAAGUAUAACAAAAUCAAAUUCAUCAAAUUCUUUAUCUGGAAAAAGGAUAAAGGUAAAACUCUCUUACAAAGAGGAAACAACUAUUGUAUCUGUAUUUUUAGGAAUGUCUAUGGAUGGUUUAUUUGAAAUUAUUUCUAGUCAUUAUAAUAACUUUUUAGCUUGUGAUAAUUUACAUGAUAAAAUUAAUAUUAAAUAUGCGGAUGAUGAGGAUAAAAAUGAAUUAAUAUCAAUAAGAACUCAAACAGAUUUGGAUCAUUUUGUUGAAAGUUCUGUUGAAAAAUUUCUAAAUUUUCAAAAUUCUGUUUCAGCAAAUGUUUAUAAAAAACCUAAACUUAUUAUUGAAGAUUCUGCAAACAAACUUAGAAAUGAUGGUCUACCUUCUAGUCCACUUACAACUACUAAAAAAUUCCCAUCUAGGAGAGUAUCUAAAAUUAAAACUUGGAUAAAAGGUAAUAUGAUUGGUGCAGGUGCAAAUGGUAAAGUUUAUUUAGGUAUAAAUUCUGAAACUGGACAAAUGAUGGCAAUUAAAGAAAUUGAAAUCAAAGGAAAGACAAAUAGAGAAGAAGUAAAGAAAAUCAUGGAAGAAGUUGAACUCAUGUCUCAAUUUGAUCAUCCACACAUUGUACGAUACUUGGGAAGUUUUGUUGCUAAUAACCAUUUGAAUAUAUUUUUGGAUUAUAUUCCAGGUGGAUCUAUGGAAACUUUAUUACUAGAAUUUUCAUUGCCUGAAAAUUUAAUUAGAAAGUAUUCAAAACAAAUUCUAGAAGGGUUGAGCUAUUUACAUGAAAAUGGAAUUGUUCAUUGUGAUAUCAAGAGUGGUAAUAUUCUUGUUGAUGAAAGGAGUAAUGUUUACUUGACAGAUUUUGGAUGCUCUAAAAAGUUGAGCUCUUUAGCACUGGGAGAUGAAACAACUCAAACUAUUAAUUCAAAUAUUAUUAGAGGUACACCAAAUUAUAUUGCUCCUGAAGUUAUUAGAGAUAGAUCAUAUACACAAGCUGCUGAUAUUUGGUCGUUUGGUUGUACAAUUUGUGAAAUGUUUUCUCAAAAUCCUCCUUGGUCUCAUGUUUUAUCUAAAUUUGAACAACCAGUACAUCCCAUUCAAUUAAUGCACUAUAUCAUGACAACAGAAGAUGAUUCUGUUGAAAUUCCAUCAAAUUCUUCACAAGUAGCAAAAGACUUUAUUAGAAGCUGUUUACAACGUGAUCCAUCAAAACGUCCAACUGCUAAACAACUUUUACAACAUCCAUUUAUUACAAUAGAUUUAGUAGAAGCUUUGAGUACAUUCUCACAAGUAUCUGUUAAUAUUACACCGAGAACACCUCACGAAUAUACAACAAGAAGUAAAAAAGGUGAUGAUGAAGAGGAAGAAUAUUUUGAAGAUGAUGGAUUUACUUUUGAUGAUUAUCCAAAUAAGUACUUUUCAGAUGAUUCUGACGAUGAGGAUUUAUACAGUAAUAAUCCAAUUUAUCGUACAUUGAGUACAAAGCGAUCAUUAAGACAAUUAAGUUCGAGACCUACAUCUUCACACACAAAUUAUUCUACAAGAUCUACCAAAGAUGGUUCAAUAUAUGGUAAAUUCCGUGAUGAUAGACUUGCUCCUCCAAAGAUUUCUGGAGCUCCAAUUGAUAUUUCAAUUUCACCACCAAAUGAAAGUGUAUUAAGUGAGGCAACUGAAUCAAUAGAAGUUUGGAAACAAGACGACGAGCCAGAAUCUGCUCAAACAGAAGUCAGAAAGACAAGAACUCAUUCAGCGGAUCUAAGAAAGCAUACAAGUGCUCAUGGAUUUGUUGGUCUGAAAAACGACAAUGUCUCCUCAAGAUUUAGUACAAUGUCGGUAAGAGCUAAUGAAAAUGAUAUCAAGAAUUUCUUGAGAAACACAGCUCACAAUCAACAAUCUUCACUGUCUUCUGCAAGAAAAGUGGAAGCACAGUCGACGGAUCAACCAGAGACAACAAUUACAAUAACAAGAAGCCAGGCUUCAAAUCAAUAAAAAUUUUAUUACUUGUUUCC